AUGUCUUCUGUUUUUGAGAUCCCCGACCGUUUUGAUGGGCAACCGCUAUCUCCUUACUCACUUCCUUCUGAACAGUCUACGACAGCCGACAAAGAGCCGACUGUGUCUCCGGAUCAGCAUCCUUUUAUCAAAGAAGAAUCGCCUGAGGAGGCGCCAAUUGCUUCUCCUAUUGAUAUCCGCAGAAGGGUCAAGGAUCAUGUACCUGCACCUCGUCCGCCUCCUCCCUCCUUUUCAGACAUUUGUCUGUUUGCCAUUGCCGCGGCUUUCCAAGUGAAUGCCGAUGGUCAGUUUCCUUUUCACUACCAGGAGCAUCACGUCCAAUCACCGUCACCUCCUACUUCUUCUGACGCCCCGGGAAGCCGAACCGCUUCCUCCCCUAUUCGUGUCGACACACCACCUCCAGCUGAGCCCUGCUAUGUCUACCCGCCCCUCCCCGAUCCGGAUCACGAACUGACACCUGAGGAACACGGACCGAUCUGGGCCGAGGAUGUUCAAGAGGAUGCGGUCUUAAACGCGCGCCGACAUAUCAAGGAUUUCUUUCGGUCUUAUUUCAAUUUACUGGACGGAGACGUCCUCAAUCACCCGCGUCGAAGUGGUGGUUAUAGGCGUAUGGCGCAAUGUCGAUUGUAUGAGAGCGUUAUGGAGGAGCUGGACCGUGUGCUUGAGACUGUAGACCAAGUACAGAUGACUGUUAUAGAAUAA